GGAGGAGUGCCGCCAGUGGGAGGCAUACCGCCAGUAGGAGGAGUACCACCAGUAGGAGGAGUACCGCCAGUAGGAGGAGUACCGCCAGUAGGAGGCAUACCGCCAGUAGGAGGAGUGCCGCCGUUAAUGUUGUUGGUCACCGUGUUGGAAUUGUUAUUGGUAUUGGAGUUGUUAUUGGUAUUGGAAUUGUUGUUCGUAUUGGAAUUGUUGUUAGUAUUGGAAUUGUCAUUGGUGUUUGAAUUGUCGUUGGUGUUGGUGUUGGUGUUGGUGUUGGUAUCACAUGGCGAGCAGAGGCCUAACUUGUUCAUCUUGUGCUCUAUCAAACCCUGAAUUACAGGGAGGAAGGUGCGAGCCUUGAGACUGGCUGCUUCUUCACCACAUGGUGGGCAUAGGCUACCCAUGGGGAAAAAGGUGCGAGCCUGCAGGCGAGAAUGGGCCUUAGCCUCCGGGGCAAGGGCCGGGGCGGGGUCGGCCAAGCCGCGGUCAC